CUGGGCGCCAGGUUAGCCGGCGGAAGUAAACACGAGAGAAAUCUGGUGACAUAUUCAGAGAAAUACGGUUAAUAAGGACAUUUUGGGAUCCUCCAUCGUCCAAAAAUGAAUCUAGAACUGCUCGAAUCGUUCGGGCAGAACUACCCAGAGGAGGCCGAUGGCACUCUGGAUUGUAUCAGCAUGGCCCUGACCUGCACCUUCAACCGCUGGGGCACCCUGCUGGCUGUUGGCUGCAACGAUGGCCGAAUCGUCAUCUGGGACUUCCUCACACGGGGCAUCGCAAAAAUCAUCAGCGCACAUAUCCACCCAGUCUGCUCUUUAUGUUGGAGUCGAGACGGCCACAAGCUGGUGAGCGCCUCCACAGACAACAUCGUCUCGCAGUGGGACGUCCUUACUGGAGACUGUGACCAGAGGUUUCGCUUCCCUUCACCCAUCCUGAAACUGCAGUGCCAUCCCAGAGACAUGGACAAAGUGCUGGUGUGUCCCAUGAAGUCGGCCCCGGUCCUGUUGACUCUGUCAGAUUCCAAACACGUUGUCCUUCCUGUGGACGAUGAUUCAGACCUGAACGUGGUGGCGGCUUUUGACAGGCGGGGCGAGUACAUCUACACUGGAAACGCCAAAGGAAAGAUUCUGGUGCUGAACACAAACACUCAGGAGCUGGUGGCUUCCUUCAGAGUGACCACCGGCACCAGCAACACCACCGCCAUCAAAUCCAUCGAAUUUGCACGCAAGGGCAGUUGCUUCCUCAUAAACACAGCAGACCGGAUCAUCAGAGUGUAUGACGGCAGGGAGAUCCUGACCUGUGGCAGAGACGGUGAGCCGGAGCCUUUGCAGAAACUACAGGACCUGGUCAACAGGACUCCGUGGAAGCGCUGCUGUUUCUCCGGAGACGGCGAGUACAUUGUGGCCGGUUCAGCCAGGCAGCACGCCCUUUACAUCUGGGAGAAGAGCAUCGGAAACCUGGUGAAGAUCCUGCAUGGAACCAGAGGAGAGCUGCUGCUGGAUGUCGCUUGGCAUCCUGUUCGUCCAAUUAUUGCCUCCAUCUCCAGUGGAGUGGUGUCCAUCUGGGCUCAGAAUCAAGUGGAAAACUGGAGCGCUUUUGCUCCAGACUUCAAAGAACUGGAUGAGAAUGUGGAGUAUGAGGAGAGGGAGUCUGAGUUUGAUAUUGAGGACGAAGACAAGAGUGAACCUGAGCAGACAGGUGCAGACGCCGCGGAGGACGAAGAGGUGGAUGUCACCACUGUUGAUCCCAUCGUUGCCUUUUGUAGCAGUGAUGAGGAGCUGGAGGACUAUAAAGCCCUGCUGUACCUGCCCAUCGCUCCAGAGGUGGAGGACCCAGAGGAAAACCCCUUCGGCCCUCCGCCGGACGCAGCGGUUCCGGCCACCACUCCAGAGGACGCACUGACCGGCGGCGAUAAGAAGCAGCGGCAGCCUUCGUCUGAAGGCCCGGCCAAGAAAAAGGCCCGCACUACCACCAUUGAGCUGCAGGGGGUGCCCAGUGACGAGGUGCACCCCCUACUGGGCGUGAAGGGGGAUGGCAAGUCCAAGAAGAAGACAGCAGGCCGCCCCAAAGGCUCCAAAGGUAAAGACAAAGACUUCCCCUUCAGGCCCAAGCCCUACAGGGGCGAACGGCCCUCCUUCCCCGUGGAAGCCCUGGGCAGCUCUGGCCUGGGAGGAGGAGGAGGAGGAGGAGGGAUGAAGGGCAGGGCAGAGGGGGGCCUGGCCACAGGGAGUCUGGUGUCACAGUCGUACAAACAGCACGACAUCGGAGGGAUGGACUGAUCGCAGCUGACGAGCGCCGACAGGCUCAAAAACAAAGAGACACACAGAGCUCGGUGUCGUGUACAGACUGAGUGAGCGGCCUGUUUGGUUCGGUUGGGUUUCGGUGUUGCAGACUGUUUUCUUCUCCCCCAAUGAAAAAUACCUGAGCAGCAAAGCGUCACGGGGGAAAGCUUCCUACGCCCGGAUCACUGACAGGAGGCGACGACGAGAGCGUGAAGCCGCCAGAGUCGUCACAGUAGAUCACUCGUCCUCUUUAGGAUUCAUCAUGUAUAGAACGCCCCGUGUCCUGAUAGUGUUUGUGUCGUCUUUCUUGUUGUUUUUAUACGUAUUAAAACAUUUUUUUGAUUUAUAAGUAACGAGCUGUCGAGUGUUUCUGUGUUCACGUCUGAACUCUGACAGAUAACUAACAGAUGUUUGAUCCAUGAGACAGAUUUAUCCGAACUUUCUAAUCAGAUCCAUAGGGCUGCAAAUAAUGAUUAUUUUCAAUCUUUUCCUUUAAGUUUAAUUUAUUUGAACAUGUUGAUGAAAUAACUAAAUAAAUUAAAAAUGUGUUUGUUUUCAGAAAAUAAUAAUCCCUAAAAAUUCAAAAUAAAGGCAACAAACUAUAACACAAUAGAAAUGACAGAAAUGUUUUGGUUAAACAAUAUUAAUAACCGUUCAAUGAUUGAAAAGGAUGUAGGAUGAAGCAAGGACCUUUUCUAGUCCUACCCCAGCCCCCUUUUUAAAACUAAUGAUUUUCAUUAUAAAUUGACCUAUUGAUUAAUUUUAUUGGUUAAUUGAUAAGUUGUUUGGUCUAUAAAAUGUCAGAAAAUGUUGUUCAUUGUUUGUCAAAGCCUGAGUUGAUGCUUGUUUUGACCACAAACAGAAGAGCACCAGUCUACUGUCAUAAAAGACUAAAAAACCAAAAAAUAUGAAACAUUCGAGAAGCUUUAAUCAGACAAUUUGGACAUUUAUCUCUUAACCCUCACAUACUGUUCAUAUUCUGACUCAUAAUUAGUCUAGACACUAAUUCACAUCAUAAAUUCCCCCAUCGGUCAUUCAUAAAUGUUUGAUUAGUUCUUCUGUUUCAUGGGAAAAAAAGACAUUUACAAUCACUAUUUUAUGGUCCAGGAGAGCAUUUAAUAGAAUAUGAUGAAUACAACAAUGUGUUUUAAUGCUGAUUUUUGAAUUUUUUUUAAAUAAACAAAGGUCAAAUUUUGUACAUUUGCAUAUAUAAAAAUGUGUAUCAGCUGCACAACAA